ACCCAUGCGUUCACUCGUAUUCACUCACAACCUCCACAGCUGCAUGUUUUCACCAUGCCACCAUAUUGUCAGCACACAGCGCUCAAAUAUGCAUUCCACCUAUAAAAUUCGCCUAGAACGCCCGCGGCGUUUUUACGUUAGUGAGACGUCAAUUUCAGCGGUCGUGAUCGAUGCCGUUGCGGGCGUUAAGUGGAACGUAGCCAUUGUCGUUGAAGGAAAACACUUUGUCGAACACUGCACUCUUUUUUGUGUAAUUGGAAAACAUCAUUUAUUCCAGGCUGUAUAAAGUAUGUGAAAUACAAGCUUCCAUGGUAAAACAUAAAACUAGUACGACACCAAAGAGUUGGUGUGUAAUUAUCUAUACUGUAUAUGUUAUAAAUAAGAAAUACGUACGUCAAAGAUAACGUUGUCUUUUCUUGAUUAUCGUUCGUUUUCUAUUUUACUUAAUAUUCUUCCGACUGUUUGUUUACUUUGCCAAAUAAAAAAUAAAUCGAAAUCAAUGUCAUAUCAUCCUUGGGAAAAAACUAUAAAAAACAAUCGGUCUGAUUAUAAAUAUGCUCAUAACUCAAUAAAAAAUGAAUUUUACCCAAAGAAAAAAGUUUUCGUCCCUCAUAACGAUCAAGCUAAAUUCACGAUUAUCGGAAAUAGAGUCACAAAAGAAUUUGUUUACUGUGUUCACAUAGCAAAAAAUUUGCAUAAUUAUCGGCCAAAAGUAUUUGAUGCUCCUAUCAUAAGAGAAGUAACUACUGUGGAAUGGCCAAAAAUUUGGAACGAUUUGAAGCUACAAUAUGGAGGUCUUGCAUACUGUUUAGAAAACCAAGUAGCAGUAAUCCUCAAUGAUAAAUUUCUAGGAGGAGCAAAAGAGUUCAGGGAAAUAAUAGAAUCAAGAUAUUAUUAUCAUGCUACGUUAGAUUAUUAUAAAGAAGGUGUAAAUAACUUUGCCAAUUUCAUAAGAUCUUCUGGGAGGCCAUGUGCUUACAUGCAUAUUUUAAUAAAUUGUGAAUGCGCAGGAACUUUAAUUUUCAUGCUCUACGCCGAUCUAGUACCAUACACAUGUGAAAAUUUCCUUCGUCUUUGCCAAGCUACUAAAGGUGGGUAUUCAGGAACUCCUGUACAUCGUAUUGUUAAGGAUGGUUGGAUACAAUGCGGUGGAUUUGGACUGAAAAACUCAGAAUUAGAUUGUGAGAAUUUUGUCGUACCCCAUGAUAGGCGUGGUGUACUCUGCAUGGCUAAUGAUGGAAUACAUGCUGAUUGUUCCACGCAAUUUUUUGUUUUACUGCAACCAGCGACAUGGAUGGCUAAUAAGUACGUUGCAUUUGGGCAACUAAUCGAUGGUGAAUCUACUUUAAAAGCAAUUGAAUCAGUACCAACAUUUUACGAGUCUCCAGAAUUUAAUAUAAUAAUACAACAAGCUGGUAUAUUAAACUUAGAAUGUCAGGAUAUAAGAAUUAAUAAAAAUGCUAAUGAGUACUUACAAGGACAUAUUGAAGAUCUAGUCACUUUGGGAGAUUUACUUUAUCAGGAUCUCAUAGAAAGAGUUUUCCUUGAGACAGAGUUGAAACGAGUUGCCCUUCAAGAAAUCGAAAUAGAUGAACACGAAGAAACUGAUAAUAAAGAUGAUGAAAUGGGACAUAUUCGUGCAACAGAAAGGUUUAUUCGUAAAAAGGAAGAUAUUGAGGAGUUACAAAAAAGUCAGACCUACAACAGUAGAGCAACGUCUGCUGUGAGUGGAAUACAGGAAAACAAUGAAUUUGAUGUAGAAGUUUACGAUUACGAACCGGAAGAAACAUCGUAUAGAUAUUUCUCGUUACCAGACAGUGUAAGCUUGGUUGUAAAGCCGGAGAAGCCUUAUUACAUAGCUUUUACUGACGUUCUUUAUCCGGGAGAAGUGGAUUCUACAUACGAUGUGAAAAAAUUUCUGCGUGGUGAUUAUUGUCUUGAAAGUGAUUUGCGAAACUAUCCGCCAAAAAAAGCAAUCACAACGAAUCUAUCUUAUGUAUCAGAAAUGAUUAAAUUCGACGAAGACUCUGAAAUAGCUUCAAGUAUAUCAAUCAGUUCGGAAGAUGAACAAGAAAUAAGAAGAUAUUUAAAACUCAAUGUCGAUCGCGUGAGUUUUGCUGGUGGUGUAAUAAAGAAUAUUGCAAGGGGCGUUGGUAAAUACAACAUAUUUGAGGAUACGAGGAAGUCCGAGCUAAUAACUGAUGAAGAACUUAGACGGUUUAGAUUAGCGUCCAUGGAUUAUCGUUCAAGAGAAAGCCACGAGAAAAAAGUAUCCAUAAGCCUACCAGGUAAUAAAAAACAGCCGAGCAAGAUUAAACGACGUCAAACCGGUUUCGUUAGACCUGAAGACCUAGAGAAAAUUUACUUGAUACGUAGACAAAGCUCACAAGAUGUAACAGAACUAGAGGAAGACGAAUCAGUUACAGGAUCUCGAAAAGUACGUAUUGCUGAAUCGGCAAUUUUAUCACAAACGGGUUCGAAGCCGAGCCGGCGACCGACCGGAUUCGUGCGACCUUCCGAUCUCACGGACUCCGACCUGGACGUGAGAAGACAAUCUGCUCUAUCACGUUUAUACGAUGAUCUAUUUGUUGAAUCAGAUACCGGACCGACACUUAAAGAAUACAAACCAGCAGAUAGGAAACCACAUAAGAAAUUUAUUUUGACCCAAUCACCUCUAUCCCGUAUAAAGAGCGGUGACGAAGCCAAAAAUGAUUACUUACGGACAUCAGUAACUAUUGAAGACAGUUCUUUUGAUCAAGUUCUGAACAUGCAACACGGUCGUAAGACCGCUCGGAAAAUUUCAUCCGACUAUGUGAAAACCAUAGAUCAGAUAGAACACAAAACCGAAAGUUCUAUUCGAAGCGUCGAAUUCUCUAAAACUCGUCCCUCCAUAACAGUAUCAGAAUAUCAACAGAAAAAUUUGAAACUUCUAGAACAAAUCGAAGACGCAGCUAAACUGAAAGCGCAAAAAUCAUCGCUGAGGAGUUCUGGUUCUUUGCGUGGUUUACGCUUGCCGGGUGACACUCCUUUAUAUUCAAUGACUGAUAUGGAUGAGGCGGAGAAAUAACGAUCCAAUAAUA